AUGUCGGACCGUGUCUCCGCGGCAUCAAGGCAUGUAAAUCCUUGGCUCGAUGAGCCCGAGCGUCGUGCUCCCCGCACACUAAUGGUGACGAGUGACCUCGUUGGGGAUGUAGAGGUGGUCGACUACGAGUCUGACACUCCUUUUCCCGGGCGGAAUUACGAGAAAGGCGAGCCGCGGCAGCGGCGUGAUGCGAGCCCUGCUCGCGCCUUGCGGAUUCCAUGUCCGAUUCCCGACCUGUCAUCACCUGAGGGAUGUGGUGUAAUCACCAAUGAUCUCGAUGAGACACAGAAGCGGCAGCUGGAAGCUGCACGUAUGUCGGCUCUGAUGCGCGCCCAUCCACGGCCGGUGAUUGACCCUCGUGGGGAAUAUGGCUUUUGCCCGGCAGAUUCCGCUGUGGAAGUGAAGGACGUGUUAACUCGAUCGUUACGCCUCCACAUCAUCGGGUCCCCGGCCAUUACGGAAGAUGAGCUUGCCAAACUUAAAGCUCUUCGAGCUCGUUUCUUGGUUCCACAAGAAUUUCCGUUGGAAGCUUAUCGCACUCGUCUGCGUGAUCACGAGGUGGCUCUUAUGUAUCCGUGUUGCGGACGAUACCUGUAG